AUGCAGGACAAUAUGGUAGGGCUUUACCUGACCAAACAUGCCAAAUCAUUUCAGGAAUAUAAUUAUAAUUUGUGGAAUUUAUUUGAUUUAUUACAUUCAUCAUCUGUUCAAUGUAAUUUAACGGCUCUAGAAUUAAAAUUACACAUCUUGAGUUAUUGUAUUUUGGAAAUAUCACCCAGGACGUGUCCUAUUCUGUAUUCAACAUCAACAAGUUCCGAUGAAAUACCAAUCGAAGAAAUCGAGAGGAGUCUAUUAAAGAUAAUGUAUGGAAAAUUCGAUUCAGAUAAGACUAGGAUUCAUCAAAUAUAUCACCAUUUUCACAUCUACUUUGAUACAGCAUCCAUGGGAAUGACCAUAAGAUUUCCUACACUUUUUGAUGAUCAAUUAAUACGGAUAAUAUGGAGCAAGGCUAAAUCUAUGCAUUGUCAAAAUGUUGAUUCAUCAGAAAAUUAUUACUUUUCAAUACCAACAAUAACAAAACCCCAACUAGAUAAUGACACUAGUGGAGAAUCAAAACAAAAAAGGAGAAAGGUUGAUAGAGAUUUAUCACCCCUUGAAAAUUGGUCAAAACAUUUAGGUACACUAUGUAAAAAUCUUGAACAAUUGAGAGUGAAAUUAGACUAUAACCUUUUAGAAUUCAUGAUAUCUAAGGACAAUACUUGUGUUUGUCCAUUAUUAAGAAAUUGUGAGACAUUUAUUCAACCUAUUCAUUAUGAGAUUGAUGAAAACUUGUUGAAUCAUACCCUUUUAUUUCCAUUUGUUUCUACAGUUGAGUGGACUUUCUCAGAUCAACCAAUUUGCAACACUCUAAACAUGAUGUCUAGCAGAUUUUUACCAAAAUUUCCAAACUUGACAUCUCUCAAAAUAAGGAAUUUCAAUAUUAACAACACAAACUAUUGCUCUUUGAAUCCAUUUGGACCCCUAAUUGAAUAUUCGAAAAAUCAAACUGUACUGUUGAGCUCCCUCUCACUAAACAUGAGUUUUUCCUUCAAUACCACAAACUGUUUGCGGUGUUGGACCAAGUUUUGGAGUAACAUUUCCGAGUUGUCCUCUCUAGAAAGAUUAGAAAUUAAUCUCUCUCUGAAACCUUGUGAAAACUGGGAAUCAAUAGAGAAGGAUGUUUUAAAAGUACUGACCGAUACAUUUGGUUUUAUCUCUAACCCUGAAAGUAAUGAGAAGAAAUUGAAUUUACCUAAGCUUAAAAUUAUCAAACUUAACAUACACAAUCAAAAUGACGAGAUUAUAAUAGACCAAUCACUAAUUCAUUUCCUUUUACAACAGAGGUAUAACUUAUUGUCAGAAGUUGAAAUUGAUUUUAAAGUUAUGGAUACUGAUCAAUAUAAUCAGUGUUUCCUCUUUUUAGAGGAUGAGUUCAAUUCAGGUAACAGUACAAUCUCAAAACUCAAGUUAUCUGGAGUCACACUCAACAGUGAUGCUUGUGUUGCUUUGGGUAGAUGCUCAUCUUUGAGGUGGCUCAUCUUGAAAAAUGUAAAAUUUGAGGGAGAUGAUGAGGAAAUUAGAUAUUGCCUCGAUUACCUGUCUCAAUCGAAGAGUAUUACACAUUUAGAAUUACCACAUUGCUAUUUGGAAGAAUAUCAUUUGGAACCUAUAUUAUCUAAUAUGGAUCAGUUAGAAUUACUCAAUCUGAAAUUUAAUAAUAUGGGAGCUCUAUUACUUUUAAGGCACGUGACAACAUCCUUCAGUACAGAUCAUGAUGAUUAUCAAGUAAGAAAUAAUCUAGUUCACUUAAAUGCACUAAAUCUGGAAGGAAAUGUCAAGAUCAAGAAGGAACAUAUUGAUACACUACUAGAACAAAAUGAAAAUCUCACCUAUGUUUCUCCAUGUAAUUUAGGAGACUUUCUUCCAAUACCAACCUUCACUUGGCAAUAAUAUUUUCAAAAUAAAUUAUUUAUUU